AUGACUGAUAACAUUUCUCAAUCCCCCCCAACUGCCUUCCAUACUCUGGACGUGCCGCAGGUGCUGAGCCACUUUGCCUGUGAUGAGGAGCAGGGUCUUUCGUCGUCGCAGGUGGCCACUCAGCGCCAGCAGCAUGGUCCCAAUGCGCUGGACACCGGAGACGCCGUGUCGCUGCUCCAGGUGAUCAUUGGCCAGUCCUGCAACGCCAUGAUCAUGGUCAUGAUCAUUGCAAUGUGCGUGGCGUUUGGAAUUCGAGACUGGAUUUCCGCCGGCGUCAUUGCCGGUGUGGUCGCCAUCAACAUUGUGGUGGGCGUGAUCCAGCAGUACAACGCCGAAAAGACUCUUGACUCGCUCAAAAACCUCUCGUCGCCCUCCGCCAACGUGAUUCGAGAUGGCAAGGAGCUCGUGGUCGAGUCCGAAGAGGUUGUGCCUGGAGACAUUGUGACCGUCAAGGUCGGAGAUACCAUUCCCGCUGAUUUCCGACUCAUUUCCGGCGUCAACUUUGAGACCGACGAGGCGCUGCUCACUGGAGAGUCGCUGCCCGUUGUCAAGGACCCCGCCACUCUCGACGACCCCGUUUGUCCCGUUGGAGACCGAGUCAACAUGGCCUUUUCUUCCUCUGUUGUCUCCAAGGGCCGAGCCAAGGGUAUUGUCACCUCCACCGGUAUGAACACAGAGAUUGGAACCAUUGCCAAAUCCUUGCAGGGCGAGAAGACCAGCUUCCGAAAGCCCAAGGACGACUCCUUUGGAGCCAAAAUGUCCGCCUUCUUUGGCACGUGCGGAGACUACAUCCAGACCUUCCUGGGUACCAACACCGGUACGCCUCUGCAGAUCAGACUGGCCAAGCUCGCCGUGCUCAUUUUCGUUAUUGCCGUCGUCAUGGCCAUUGUCGUCAUGGCUGCUCAGAAGUUUGAUGUGACACGAGAGGUCGCCAUCUACGCCGUUGCUGUCGCUGUGUCCAUGAUUCCCGCAUCCCUUGUUGUCGUGCUCACCAUCACCAUGGCCGUGGGCACCAAGAUUAUGGUCAAGCGAAACGUCAUUGUGCGAAAACUCGACUCGCUCGAGGCUCUCGGUGCCGUCAACGACAUUUGCUCCGACAAGACCGGCACCCUGACCCAAGGAAAGAUGGUGGCCCGAAAGUGCUGGGUGCCCUCGCUCGGUACUUUGUCUGUGCAGAACAUUACUCAUCCCUACAACCCCACCGAGGGCUCGGUGGAGCUGCGACGAGUGGACCCUGUUGCCGACGCUCGAAUGACCGUCAAGGCCAACAAGAAGAUUGACCAGGACCUGUCUCUGUCUCCCUGUGUGUCACGGUACUCCAACAAGUCCGUGUCCAUCAAGGCCAUCAACGUGAACGAGAGCGAGGACUCUUCCUCAGAUGAGGACCCGGAGAUCAUCUCCCACACCCACGUUCCUGCUUCUCUGGCCCCCUGGUUGUACACUGCCACCCUGGCCAACAUUGCUGAGGUCAAGAAGGACGAGACUGAUGGUUGGACCGCGUCUGGAGACCCUACUGAGAUUGCCAUCCAGGUUUUCACUUCCCGACUGGGCUUUGGACGAGAUACAAUUGGAUAUACCCACAUUGCCGAGCACCCCUUUGACUCGACCAUCAAGCGAAUGUCUGCCGUCUACACUGACGGGGAGAAGGGCCAGUCCACUGUCUACACCAAGGGCGCUGUUGAGCGUGUUCUCGAGUGCUGCUCCACCUGGAUCAACGCCAGUGGAACCACUGAGGAUUUCACCCCCGAAGUUGACCAGAUGAUUCAGCAGCAGAUGGACGCCUUUGCCAAGCAGGGUCUCCGAGUGCUUGCGUUUGCUACCAGACCUGUUGACCUCGAGACUGAGGACGCCAAGGACCGAGUCAAGAUGGAGCAGGGUCUCACCUUCCUGGGUCUCGUUGGAAUCUAUGAUCCUCCCCGUGUUGAGUCUGCUGGUGCCGUGGCCCAAUGCCAUCGGGCCGGAAUCAAUGUCCACAUGCUUACUGGAGAUCACCCUGGAACCGCACGAGCCAUUGCCGAGGAGGUUGGAAUCCUACCUCGAGAUAUCGCCGACUACCCCGAGUCCGUGGUUUCCGCCAUGGUUAUGACCGCCAUGCAGUUUGACGCCCUGACCGACGAGCAGAUCGACGCUCUCCCUGUUCUUCCCCUUGUUAUUGCCCGAUGUUCUCCCACCACCAAGGUCCGAAUGAUUGACGCUCUUCACAGACGACAACGGUUCACUGCCAUGACUGGAGAUGGUGUCAACGACUCUCCCUCGCUCGCCAAGGCCGAUGUUGGUAUCGCCAUGGGUAUCGCUGGUUCCGACGUUGCCAAGGACGCCUCUGAUAUUGUUCUGUCAGACGACAACUUUGCCUCUAUUCUCAACGCCGUGGAAGAGGGACGACGAAUGGCCGACAACAUCCAGAAGUUUGUGCUGCAUCUGCUUGCUGCCAACGUGGCCUUUUGCGUGUUUGAAAUGGUCGGUCUUGUGUUCAUGGACUCGGACGACUUCUCCACCUUCCCCAUCUCGCCCAUUGAAAUCCUCUGGUGUCUCAUGGUCACCUCUGCCCUACCCGCCAUGGGUCUGGGUCUCGAGGAAGGUGCUCCCGAUCUCAUGGAACUGCCCCCACGUGACCCCAAGAAGGGUGUCUUCUCCUACGAGCUGCUCAUGGACAUGAUGGUCUACGGCCUCAUCAUGGCCGGUCUGUGUCUGGGUUCCUUCGCCAUUGUGGUCUAUGGAGAUGGAGGAGGAGAGCUAGGCUACCUGUGUAACAAGGAGUACUCCGAGUCGUGUCACUAUGUGUUCCGAGGCCGGUCCGUUGCCUUUGCCGAAAUCACCUGGUUCAUGCUCUUCCUGGCGUGGGAGGUGGUCGACAUGCGACGGUCCGUCUUCAUCAAGCCCCCCAAGCAGGCCUUCAACGACCUAUGGCGCAACCAGCUGCUCUUCUGGUCUGUCAUCGGCGGCUUCUUCACCGUCUUCCCCUGCAUUUACAUCCCUGUCAUCAACGACAAGGUGUUCCUCCACAAGGGCAUUUCCUGGGAGUGGGGCAUCUGCUUUGCCGCGCUGGCCAUCUUCCUGGUGCUGGUUGAGCUGUGGAAGUUUGGUAAGCGAGUCUACUUCCGACGCCAGGACGCUGGAGCCGCCAAGGACGACGUUUUUGACGCCUGGGCCGACAUGGAGAAGUAA